AUGGCAGCUGCAUAUUCUUGUGUUGUCAUCUGGCUCCCUGUAGAAGAGGACCAAGAGCGAGGAAGAAACAAAUCCAGGAAUGUAUCGAAUGAAACCGGUGUUGCGAUACCGAAAACCUUUAAGGCAGCGCUGUACAAACCGAAAGGCACCAGGCUGCUGCUCUACCCUAGCUCAGACCCCCGGCUGCAGGUGAGCCCGGAGGACGCAGUGACAGCCUACACCACGGGGGUCCUCAGCACCAGGGUCAUCCCCUCAUCAUACAUCCUGGCCAUGCUGGUGGGCAUCCCCUCCAACGCCUACAUCUUCCUCAGACUCAAAGCAAAGCCUUUCUCCACCAUAGUUCUUUACCUGAACCUGGCUCUGUCCGACCUGCUGCUGCUGCUCUCCCUGGCGCUGCGUGUUCACUACCACUUCAACGGGAACAAUUGGAUAUUUGGGGAAAUCUCCGGCCGGCUUAUCACAGCCUUGUUUUAUGGCAAUGUUUACAGUUCAGCCCAAACUAUAGCAUGCAUCAGUGUAAAGCGCUACCUGGCUGUGGUCCGGCCGUUCCUGUACAGAAGGCUGGCUAAGUCUACGCUGGCAGUGUGGUCCUGCUUGGUGGUCUGGUUCCUGUACGGUGUGGCCAUGGUGCCUGAGCUCCUGGUUAGGCAGAGCUACCAGCUCACCCACCUGGGAAUCACCACCUGCCAUGAUGUCCUGGCCCUGGAUGAAAAAUCCCAUUCCCCAUUGGUGCCACACAGGAUGAUGCUGGUUUGCCUGGGCUUCAUAGUGCCAUUCCUGAUUUGUAUCUAUUCGCAUGUCGCAGUGGUAUACCAUCUAGGACAAUCCUGUUGCGACUGGAAACCGUUUAUCAGGGUCAGCACUCUGGUUUUCAUCAUCUUUGUCGUGUGUUUCUUGCCAAGCGGCAUCCUGCAUAUCGCCCACUACAUCCGUCUGUUUACCAGUGGGGACGACAGACUGUAUGGAUAUUACAGAGUAGCAGUGUGUCUCUGCUGCUUCCACAGCUGUCUGGAUCCCUUCCUGUGUAUGCUCCUUUCCAAGAUGGCUGCCUCAGAACUACAAUUUGUUUCUCUCCGCGGGAUACAAAAGAGGCCUACUUCUAUGACUUGAGACUGGAUGUUUGUGUCAAUACAGUCUCACUCCCUGAACGUCCAGGAGCGACGCUUGGUCAGGGUCCUUUGGCGUGCAGUUGUGACGCACCGAGGCU